AUGGUUCAUACAUGGGAUUAAGAAUUAGAAAUAUGCUAAUGUCAAUUACUGUCACCCAACUUGUAUUAAUUUAUAGUGGUCCUUAAGAAACAGGUUGUUUAAGAUGUAUUGAAGGUUAAAGUUUGUAAAGUGGUUAAUGAAUCUGAAUAGUAGUUUUCUUAAGCAGACAGGUUGCCUUUAAGAAUGCAAUAGAAACUAUUUUAAUGUUCAUUAUGA